AUAACACUAUCAUCAUGAUAUCUCUCUUUAGACAUCAUUUACUUAUGAAGAAACACACACUAUAUAGAGUAGUAUUGGUGUAUCACACUACCAGUUAAACUUCAAUAUGAGAAGAAUACAAAUUGAUGAUAAUGAUCUUGGGAAAAAUCAUUUCCCCAUACUUAAGCUUUUAGAUUCAUCUCUGAGGCUCUUUGCAGUUCCUCUCUCUGUAGCAACCGUUUGGAUUACUGUCACAAAUAAGGAGGACAACCCUAGCUAUGGAAUACUCAAAUAUAGCAACCUUUCCGGUCUCAGGUAUAUGGUUUUUGUGAGUGCUCUUUGUGCUAGUUAUGCUACUGUUGCUGCAGUUUGCACAUGGAUUAGAUAUCUAGUAACCAAAGCAUGGAUUUUCUUUAUAACUGAUCAGGUUGUAGCCUAUUUAAUGCUGACAUCAGUUGCUGCAACCAUGGAGAUAUACUACCUGGCUUAUAAUGGAGCCAAGGAAGAUUCUUGGAGUCAAGCCUGCAGUUCAUAUGGCAAAUUUUGCAGCAAAGUGAAGCUGGCUUUGAUCUUCCAUAUGAUUACUUUUGCAUGUUUCUUUGUUUUAUCUGUAAUUUCAGCUUUUAGAGCCUUCAGUGUUUUUGAUCCGCCAUCUGUCAAUUCUCAAUAUGUGCAAGAAGAAGAUAGACAUUAGUUGUAUGCUUUGCUUUUGUGGA